UAUGCAGUGAGCCAAACCCGCUGGGGCUAGAAGCCUGGUUUUGGAAUGCAUCCGAUUUAGCCAAUGAAGGGUCAGAAAAGCUGUUUCCAGCGAAGCUCAACGCGCAGGGGCGGGCUUUCCGUCUCCUCCUCACAGCGGGCGUUUUGUCUCCUCCCAGAACCCGCUGAGCAGCCAGGCCCGAGGCUGCAGGUCGCUGGGUCCCGGUGGAGAUGCCCCGAGGGAGAAGGCGCGCGAGUCGUGGCGCACACAGCACACGCGCGGGAGUUAAGCUCGAUGUCCCCGCCCGGGUGACCCGCUCCAGGGCCCGGACAGGGACCGCCCUUCCCGCCGCGGCCUCUGCUCCCGCCGCUCCCGCCCGGCUCCGCACACACAGUCCGAUGGCGGCGCCCGCCCCGAGGCGCGGGGCUGAGGUUGGCGUGACCUUGGAGGACAUUGCCCUGUACUUCUCCAAGAAGGAAUGGAGCCUCCUUGAUGAGGGUCAGAGACAGCUGUACCUGAAUGUGAUGCUGGAGAACUUUGAACUUGUAUCCUCCCUGGGUUGCUGCUGUGGCGCAGAGGAUGUGGCGACUCCCCCUGAACAGAAGGUUUCUGUAAGAGUGUCACAGGCCAGGAAUCCCAAGGUAGCCUUGUCCUCCCAGCAGAGCCACCCCUGUGGGAGUUGUGGGCCAGUCUUGGGAAACAUUUUCCAGCUGGUUGAACUGAAGGAAACCCAACACAGCCAGAGACUGUUGAGGUGUGGAGCAUGUGCAAAAAGAUUUUAUUUCCGUGCAAAAUUUGACCAGCACCAGAAGCAGCAUAGGAGAGAGAAGCCUUUCGUUAAAGAUGUGGACAGCAUCUCUCUUGCAAGGGGCGGUGAUUUUAGUGUGUCACAGAAACCUUUUACCUGUGGGGAAUUUGGAGAAGACAUGUUAACCGGGUCAGGACAUCUACAGCAACAGGCUACUCCCACCAGGGAUAGAACAAAUGAAAUCUUGACAUCUGAGGUGAGUUUUCAAAGCAGAAAUAACGACAUCCGGAAAGAAUAUCAUAAAACCAUUGGCAGCAUCCACACAUUUGUUCAGGACAGGAAUAUUUGUACUGAAAGACAGCGUUUUGUGUGCCAGGAAUGUGGAAAAUGUUUUAGCAAAAUUUCUACUCUUCACUGUCAUCAGAGUGUUCACUCCGGAAAAAGACGUUAUGAGUGUGGUGAGUGUGGUGAGUGUGGGAAGUCUUUUUCAAGGAUGUAUUACCUUCCUUAUCAUCAGAGAGUUCACACUGGAGAAAGGCCUUAUGAGUGCAGUGAGUGUGGGAAAUCUUUUUUCAGUAGCUCUGGCCUUCAUUAUCAUCAGAGAUUUCACAGAGGAGAAAGGCCUUAUGAGUGCAGUGAAUGUGGGAAAUCUUUUAGCUGUAGCAGUGCCCUCCGCAGUCAUCAGAGAGUUCACACGGGAGAAAAGCCUUUUGAGUGCAGUGAGUGUGGGAAAUCUUUUACUGGUAGCAGUGGCCUCCGUAGUCACCAGAGAGUUCACACUGGAGAAAGGCCUUAUGAGUGCAGUGAGUGUGGGAAAUCUUUUUUCAGUAGCUCUGGCCUUCAUUAUCAUCAGCGAUUUCACACAGGAGAAAGGCCUUAUGAGUGCAGUGAAUGUGGGAAAUCUUUUAGCUGUAGCAGUGCCCUCCACAGUCAUCAGCGAUUUCACACAGGAGAAAAGCCUUAUGAGUGCAGUGAAUGUGGGAAAUCUUUCAGCUGUAGCAGUGGCCUCCGUAGUCAUGAGACAGUUCACACUGAAGAAAGGCCUUACGAGUGCCUUGCAUGUGGAAAAUCUUUUAAGAGUAGCAAUGGCUUUCAAUAUCAUCAGAGAGUUCACACUGGAGAAAAGCCUUAUGAGUGCAACAAAUGUGGGAAAUUUUUUAUCAAAAUCCAAGGCCUUCAUAAGCAUCAGAGAGUUCACACUGGAGAAAAGCCUUACGAGUGCAAUGAAUGUGGGAAAUCUUUUUCAAGAAAGGAAUCCCUUUGUUAUCAUCAGAGAGGUCACAGUGGAAUAAGGCCUUAUGUGUGUCAUGAAUGUGGAAAAUCUUUUACAAGUAGCACUGGCCUCCAUUAUCACCAGAGAUUUCACACUGGAGAAAAGCCUUAUGAGUGCAGUACAUGUGGCAAAUUUUUUACCAGCAGAAGUGGCCUUGUACAUCAUCAGAGAGUUCACACUGGAGAAAGGCCUUAUGUGUGCCCUAAAUGUGGGAAUUCUUUUACUAGUAGCAAUGGCCUUGUAGGUCACCUGAGACUUCACACUGGAGAAAGGCCAUAUGAGUGCAGUGAAUGUGGGAAGUCUUUUACCAGGAUUCAUAGCCUUCGCUAUCAUAAGAGAGUUCACAGUAGAGAAAGGACUUAGGAGUGGAGUUAAUGUGGGACAUCUUUUAGCCAAACUUGUAACCUCACCAUCACAUAAGAGUUUACGUGGGAGGAAGGUCUGAGAUGUCUAGGAAACUGAUAGCUUAUUCAGUUUUGUUUUGUUUUAUGUUUUGAGUAUUUAUUAUAGGCCAGGUGUUAAGGAUAGGGAACUUAUCCUGCUUUCAUGGAGUUUACAAUCUAGCAAAGAACCUAAGGAUGAUAAAAGAAAUAUUUUACUCUUUCCUUUGUUUGCUGCCUCAUGUUUUUCAAGUUGAUUGUAUAAACCAUUUUUGGUGAGAAAAGUCAGCUUCCAUCUACACCUUCAUACAUAAAAGGAAAAUGUCGUCGUCAUCUAUUGCAUAUCCAGGACUCAUAGCAUCCAAGAGUUUCAAGGCUGGGAAAGAAGUUUCUAUAAAGAAACUCAGAUCUAGUUUUGGUCUCCUGAAAUUUCAUUUCUCUGAUGUCAGAUGAAUCCAGCUUCUAACUAGGAUGAAGUUGAACUAUAGGAUCUGUCAACUAGCAUCAUCUCCUUUAUGGUCCUGUAAGCCUAUCACCAUCCCUGCUGAGAAUGUCCAAAUGCAAGUCCACUUGUUUAGGGGGUCUGCAGCAGAUGUAACAGAGGCUUUCAAAUAACAAUUCUGGGCUAGCACACAGGGCGCUGAAGGCCAGGUCUUUCUUCUUCAGUGGAUCCCAUCUUUAACCGGUCUAUCACCAACAGGAGAGAGCCUUAGUUCAGUUUUAACAACACUGAGGGAAGCACUGAAGCCUCAUUUGUCUGAAUUGAAGCUCAUAUGUCCAAACGUAUGGACAAGUGGACUUGCAUUUGGACAUUCUCAGCAGGAAUGGUUAUAGGCUGACAGGACCAUAAAGGAGACAGAUGAUGCUAGAUAGUUGAUAGAUCCUAUAGUUCAACCAUGGCGGGGGGGAGGGGGGGGUUCCCCGUAAGUUUAUGUGGGACGCAUGUGUGCACAUUGCACUUUCUAAAUUUCCCCAGGUGUCUUGCCAGAUCUAAGUCACUGCAUAUUUUUGUCACAUAAACUAUUUCACAUGUACCACCUGGAAGGUAUCGACAGAUGGCAUCCAUCACCAUCCUACUGUGCUCAGAGAAGCUAACUGUUCUCUGAUUUUUUUGGAGAAAAUAAGGAGUAGCCUGCAUUUUUAGGAAGUCUUUAUUCCUUUUACUCUCAGUAAUUGGUGCACGGAUCUGACUCACUUUUGCCCCCAAGAACAUCACCUGAGUUUAGCCAGAGGCUUGCAGAAUAACUGCCUUGUUCAAGGACAUGCUUUCCCUAGAUGCCAGUGAUUAAUUUUUUUAAAAUAUAUUUUUAAAUUGAUUUCAGAGAGGAAGGGAGGGGAGAGAGAGAUAGAAACAUCAAUGAUGAGAGAGAAUCAUUGAUCAGCUGCCUCCUGCACACCCCACACAGA